GAAAGAAUUAUAAAAAAAUGUCUGCUGCAGUCAACCCUAAGGCCUUCCCUCUCGCCGAUGCCGCUUUAACCAGCACCAUUCUCGAUUUAGUUCAACAAGCUUCUCAUUACAAGCAACUCAAGAAGGGUGCCAACGAAACCACAAAGACCCUUAACAGAGGUAUCUCUGAAUUCAUUGUUAUGGCUGCUGACACCGAACCUUUGGAAAUUCUUCUCCAUCUCCCUCUUUUGUGUGAAGAUAAGAACGUUCCUUAUGUUUUCGUUCCCUCCAAGACUGCCUUGGGUCGUGCUUGUGGUGUUUCUCGUGCUGUUAUCUCUUGCUCCAUCACCACCAACGAAGCUUCUGACUUGAAGCCUCAAAUCUUGAACAUCAAGACUCAAAUUGAAAAGCUCCUUAUUUAAGUGUAUAUGUGUAUAUCCCCACCAACCAUCACAACAAAUUGCAAUAUUCAAAAGCAACAAAACUGAAUUUGUUGAAACAACUGUAUAUAUCAUCAUUUUAGAUCUACGUUUUUCUUGAUGAUCAUCGUUAGUGCUGAGGGCUUACACAUAUGUAUUUCUAAUUGUAUGGAUUAAUCUUUUCGUAUUAUUCUUUGUUCAAAUGAUGCACUGGCAGUGAAAGAAAAUAGUUUUUUUUUUCUACUGUAAAUAGCGCUUACAAUAAAACUUAAUGAAUCAAAUAUAUAAGGGAUCAAAGA